AUGAGUGAGCGGGUGGAGCAGUCCCUUCCACCCGUGUCCGAGAACUGCGUUUCUGCGUCUCCUACAGCCCCGCUGCCAGCUGCCUCCACUGCGUUGCGAGACAUUCCCCACCUCGCCUCACUCGACUCAACAUGGGGAAAGGGGACGCCGUUUAACACCGGUCUGAGCGCAGCCGCCCUGCCGCUAACCUCGACUGCGGGCGGACGUGGCGGCAUCCCAAACGUCCACGGCCGAAGAAAAGGGGGUCCCAUGACUUUGUACGUGCGUUCACCCAGCGUGGAGAACAAGGAGUUUGGCUCAAGGGAUGAUAUAAAGGAAUAUAAGCAGGGGGACGUGCAGGAAGAAAACGUAUUGUCUCCCGCGGAAGGUGAUACCGAGGAAAGCUGGUUCAGCCCUGUUCUACAAGCGCUCCAUAUGGGAGCAACGGUGACACGGGCUGUAAGGAACGCGUUCCCAGGGGUUGUGAAUCCCCCAAAACGUAGAUGUGGCUUCACGGGACUGCUCUUGUUCAUCUUCUUUAUGGUUGUGUUUAUUUUUCUUUUGCACGUGGCGGAGGAUCGGAUGCAGUGGCUCUCCCGCAUUGUCACGUAUUAUAACGAACAAAAUCUGCUGAUUGCCACGAGUUUGACGGAGCAGAUGCUUGAAAAGGCAGAUGAGUUGAAUGAACUCAUGAAACCGUUUAAAAGAACCCCUGCCGCUGCUCUAGAAAAGGCAACGAGGACGCUGGAGGGAGUGACCGAGCUGCGUGAUGCGAGCGUGGAGCAGCUGCACUCCCGCAUGCUGUAUCCAGGACCGGUGGACGAUGUCAAGUUUUUGCUGGAGGAACACGUGGCCUACAAAAUGAACCUGGCGAGGAUGGUUAAGGAAGAACUCCAGUGGCUUGAUGAAAAAAAGCAGGAAUCGUAUGGCCGUCGAACCCACCCCAACGAAGCUGCGUUGGACAGGAAGCGAUUAGGGACGAAUGGAAAGGUGACACGCGACAACAAACUCACGGGCGCAUCACGGCAGCAGCAAGGGCCUUCAGCGCAAGGGGGUGUGUCCCGGCCGCGGAUUGAGGUCACUGUGCCGAAAAAGGUGCAAGAAGUCACUGGGGGUAAGAAGGAGCACUCUUCCUCUUACUUACUGGGUCGCGUCGUGGCGGUGCUGGUAUUGUUUCUCCUCACUGUAUUAUAUCUUCGCCUCUAG